AUGAAUAACGAGCAGUUUCGGCGGCUACUGGUCGACCAGGCGGCUUCCAAGCCCAAAGAGCAGGGCACGAGUCCCAAAGCCAAUCCCCAACGGGGGAGCGCAACCCCAGCUGGGUUGCUUGGCUCGCGAAUGCGCUCCAACAUCCCUAUGACCCCACGCUCGGUGGGAGGUGUGGAUUUUGCGCGCCAGCUGGCCGAGAAAAACCGCGAAGCAGAUGGCCGACCCUCGAAGCGCUUUAAGUCAUCUGCUGCCCCGAAAGGAACCGCAAUGCCCACCGGCUACCAAGAUCGUGCGAAAUUGCGCAAUCAAGACGAGGACGAGAAGGGUGAAUCUAUCGAGACGCGAAUCAAAGCACUAGAAGAUAUGGUGAAAUUGGGGCAGAUCGACCAAGCUACCUUUGAUAAACUGCGCCGGGAACUUGGUGUUGGGGGUGACCUAGGAAGCACACAUAUGGUCAAAGGACUCGACAUGGAUCUUCUGCGAAGAAUUCGAGCGGGAGAAGAUGUGUCGCAAACAGCCGAGAAGCCUGCUCCACCCCCGCCCCAAGAGGAUGUAGACGAUGAAUUCGAGCGGCUCAUGGAGGAAAAAGGACAAGAGGAGGUUAUUGCGGCACCAAAAGAACCCAAAGAGAAGAAGAAGGGAACCAUGGCACCACCGCCUGCCAGGCCGAAGACUCGUGAUGAAAUCCUGCGGGAGCUGAAAGCAAAGCGCGCUGCUGCUGCUGCGCCUGCACCGCCGCCAGAGUCGACGCUUGGCUCUAGAUUUAAAAAGCUCAGUGAUGGCAAGCCUGAGAAGAAACGAUUCGAAGAGAGAGAUGAGACAGGCCGUCGCCGGGAGGUGCUCCUCAUCACCGACGCGGAAGGAAACACCAAACGGAAGACUCGUUGGCUUGAACCACCAGUCCAGGCACCUGCUGCUACAACAGAAGACCUACCCAUGCCUGACAAAGCUGCCAAACCCCUAGGUAUGGAGGUUCCGGCGGAUAUUGCCGCCCGUGCCGCCCCUGCGGCACCUGAAGACGAUGACGAUGACAUCUUCGCCGGCGUUGGAGAUGACUACAAUCCACUUGCUGGAAUUGAAGACGAUGGCUCGUCAGAUGAUGAAGAUGGCGAGUUACCAGACUCGACUCGCAAAUCGGAGAAGGAACCCGGUAGCGAGGACAAAUCCGAAAAGUCUGGCGAGACAGCCUCCAAACCCAGAAACUACUUCGGAACCGAGUCACCAGCGCAAACAGAAGUAGACCGCUCCAACCCGCUCAAGAAUGAUCCUACCAUUCUGGCUGCGCUCAAACGAGCCGCCGCUCUGCGACAAGCUUCUCCCUCCGAAGGCGAGGAGGGCCAGUCAUCUGAGGCUGCACUGCGACAAAAGCGUUUCAUCGAAGAGGCUCGUCGUCGUGAUGCGAUGGACGCAGCCGACAUGGACAUGGGCUUCGGAGGAAGUCGCAACGAGGAUGGGGCCGAAGAAGACGACGGUCCUUUGCUAGACUUUGAUGAUGAUGAAAAGCGGGGUGGUCAGAAAAGGAAGCGUGGUCCCAAGAAGAAGAAGGGCGACAAGGACAGUGCUACAGAUGUCAUGCGUGUUGUUGAGGGCCGUAAGAAGGACGCUUGA